AUGGCUUCGUUCACCAGCUUUCAUAUUUGUGCCUUGGACGGCAGUUGUAGCAGAUGGCUCCGAGUUGCGGUGCUCUGGAGUGUACUGGUGGGGGCAAGUGCGAAACAUAGGAUUCACAGGAGCCCUUCGCCACCACAGCGCUCAGAAGUUCCGCGGAUUCGGACCUCCGUAAAUGAGUCGUUUGCCAAACGUCACAAAUUCAAUGCAAGCGAGAAUCAUUCCGCUGAAAGUCUUCACUUACUGAGCCUUAUGAGCACCCUAGAUGCCAAGAGUGCCACCAAAGCGAUUUCUUGCCGACUGCAUUGCAAAGAAUGUGCAGUGGAAAGUGGAUUAUGCAGUGUCUGCGACAACGCGAUGAGUCUGGAUCCCACAAGUGGCAACUGUGUAGCAGUCUGUCCUCUGGGCUACUUCUCGUCGGGCAGUGGCAAGUCCGAUCGAAUAUGCCAGCCGUGCAGUGCAAACUGCAACAAGUGCUUUCAUGCAGAUCAAUGCCUGGAAUGCAAGAGUUCCAUGUACCUCUCGGCCAGCAAAUGUCAGCCUGAAUGCCCCAGUGGUUUUUACAAGCAUGGUGCUGGUGCUGUGGGUCGGACAUGCUUGCCAUGCUCUAAGAAUUGCAAGCGAUGCUCUGACUGGUUUUCCUGCGAUGAGUGCGCAGACGAUGCAUACCUCACAAGCGAUGCAAGCUGUGUGACGGUCUGUCCCGAUGGAUUCUAUGCGGAGGGCAAUGGCAUUGUUGGGGGCGUCUGUCGAGCCUGCGAUACAACUUGCACCAAGUGCAGCGGCCCACAUGCUUGCAUUGAGUGCGCAGGAUCUCGGUACCUGACGCCAUUUUUCCAAUGCGAGUCUCAGUGUCCUGUUGGCACUUACCCACACGGGCAGGGACAAGUGGGUCGCCAGUGCCUGCCAUGCCCCCCGGGCUGUUCUGCAUGCACCAGCCCGCUAAACUGCCUAGAGUGCGUGGAGGACUUCUAUCUUGCCCCAGACCAGAUGUGUACACAGUCUUGUCCAGAUGGGUACUACGGAGCUGACAGUCGCUCAUCGAUUUGCGACUCAGCUUUCUCAAAGCGCUUCAAUCUGGGCACCUUCUCGGAGACUGCAAGGGGCAUGUCAGAGGUUGUACUGGUCAGUGAUGAGCCACCGGAGAACUGCUGUGCAGCAUGUGUCGCUGCAGAGGGCUGUGGUGGCUUUGAAUUGCUUAAUGGCCGCUGCCAUAUGAAGGGCGACCUUGGCAAGCUGACGAGGUCCGGAAGCCGAACUUACUUCGAGAAGCUUCCCAGAACGCAUCCAGUUUUCUCCGGCGCCACACGCUACUGCACACCCUGUCCGAGCCAUUGCAGCUCUUGCACCAUGGAUGGCCAAUGCAUGGAGUGCAUGGCCGCGCAAAGCCUGAGCUUCCGAGCUCAGUGUAACGCAGAAUGCCCAGCAGGCUACUACAAGAACGGCACCGAUGAAGUGGGCAAUGUCUGCCAAGAGUGCAUCAGCGUUUGCAGCCAGUGCGAAAGCGAGACCGUUUGUACCGAAUGCCGCGAGUUCAAGUUCUUGACACCCAAUAGCACCUGCGAGGCCGCUUGCCCGGAUGGCUUCUGGGCGAAUGGCACCGACGAGGUCGGAGGCCUCUGCUCCAGGUGCAAGGACGAGUGCACUAAGUGCACCUCCCAUGACGUGUGCACGGAGUGUGGCCCGCUCCAUUUCCUCACACCGGACCACAAAUGCAGCAAGACAUGCCCAGAUGGCUUCUACCCAGAUGGCGAUCCCUCAUCCAUCGGUGGUGUUUGCACCAAGUGUGUCUCGCCGUGCACAUUGUGCAAAUCUGCAGAAAGGUGUGUAGAAUGCGGCAACUUCAGCUUCCUCACGCGCAACUUUACCUGCGAAGAAGCAUGCCCCGAGGGCUUCUUCUCAAAUUAUCCCAACCAGGACGUGGAGCGAGCCAUUGGACGUACGUGCCUGGCAUGUCGGUUCAACGAGGACACGUGCAAGAAUGCUUUGGACAAGGUGGCCAAGCGUUGGGUGACAUCACUUCUUGAGGACGGGAAUGAAACGCCAGCAGCGGAAUUCACGAUUCUUGCAGACGAGUGCAAGAACGGGAAGUUUCUCACUCCAGGCCAGAGCUGUCAGGACAGAGAUGCCUGCUGGCCUCCAUAUGUCAACCGGCGAUAUCCCAAAGUUGGCAGCCUCAACGAAAGCAGAAUGGAUGAUGGGUUGAUUGGAGGAGUCUGUGCAGAAUGCCCAGAUGAUUGCAACCAGUGUGAGCUCUGGGACAAAUGCACGGAAUGCAGGCACUCGAAGUACUUGACGCCCGAUGACCACUGCAAUUCUACUUGUCCAGAGACGCACUACCCACACAACCCGAAAGAGAACGACACAGACAGCAGUGUGGGACGAAUCUGUGUCGCCUGCGAGGGCAAUUGCAGCCACUGCGUCACGAAGACAGAAUGUACCCAGUGCAAGAACGGAGCGCACCUCUCACACAAGGGCGAGUGCAAUUUGGAAUGUCCUGAUGGGUUUUACGAGAAAGCUCCAUCAGGCGGUGGCGCCGUCGGAGGCCUUUGCGUGAUUUGCCCGGGAGACUGCAACACUUGCGAGAAUGCAGAGGUCUGCACCUCCUGCCGAAACCGAGCUUUGCUGUACAAAGGGCAGUGCCUCAAGGAGUGUCCGGCAACCCACUUCCCCGAGAUCUCCGGGGACAUCGGCGGUGAAUGCAUAGAGUGCAAGGGGCUCUGCAGUGAGUGCGUGGCAGACGACAACUGUACGCAGUGCAAGCCGCAUGGCUUCUUGCAUGGAACCUCAAAGAAAUGGCUAAGCCGAGCAUCCCUGCAACAUGAAGGCUUGAAGAAGACCUGCGCCAAGCAGUGCCCCGUUGGCUACUACAAGGUGAAGGGCAAGAAAACCAAUAAGUUCUGGAGCCGAGAACGUGGUGUCAACGGCCUCUUCGGGAGUACCUGCGAGCCGUGCGUGUCGGAUUGUCAUGACUGUUCCGAUUUGGAGACAUGCUUGAAGUGCCAGAACAGCAAGUUUCUGGACGCGAACAGCCAGUGCCAAGCAUCGUGUGCGGAUGGCUUCUGGGGUAAAGGCUCAGAAGCUAUAGGACGCACCUGUGAAGUAUGUGCCGAGAACUGCACGACCUGCCUCAGUGACCAGACGUGUACAGAAUGCAAGAACAGCAAGAUCCUCACUCCCAGCGGAACUUGCGAUGAUGAUUGCCCGGAUGGUUUCUAUGCGCAUUCCAGCACGGAAGAUGAUCCAACCAUUGGAAGCCUCUGUGUAGAAUGCCCCGAAAACUGUGCUAAGUGCACGAGUCCGGAUCAUUGCACGGAGUGCAAGUCCGCCACCUAUCUUACAGACGAUCACACUUGCGAUCUGCUUUGCCCUGAUGGUUUCUAUGGGGACGGCACCGCCGACACUGGAAGGGUGUGCAAGAAGUGUUCCGAUGACUGCAAUCGUUGCGCCAGUGACGACAUGUGCUACGAAUGCAAGAACCACAAGUUCUUGACACCGAGUGACGCCUGCGAAGCAGAGUGUCCAGAAGGGUACUAUGCAGAUCUCUCCUCCGAAACUCCAUCGGUGGGUGGCCUUUGUAUGCCAUGCCCCAGUGGAUGUGCUGCCUGUGAUGGGCCGGACAGUUGCACCGUGUGCAGAGACAACAAGUUCUUGAACAGCAAGUCUCGUCUCAAUCCCACGAAUGAGUGUCUUGAGAAGUGUGCAGAGGGCAACUAUGGGAAGACUGGCAAGAAAGAUGGCACCUAUGGCACCUGCGAACCCUGUCCUGCAGAAUGUGCAAGCUGUGUCAGCUCAGAUGAGUGCCUUUCUUGCAUCGAUGGCUAUAAGUUCUCGAAGUCGGAUCGCUCGUGCACCAGCUUCUGUAAGACUGGCUUCUUCAAGAAUGAGAAGGGCAAGUGUCAAAAAUGCGCUCAUGGAUGUGACAUGUGCGUGAAUGCCUUCCUCUGCACCCGCUGUUCCGAGAACUUGUACGCGACUGAUGACAUGACCUGUCAGUCUGAUUGCCCCAAUGGGUUCUAUGGAGUUGGGAUAAAGGCAACUGGGCGCCGGUGCCAGAGAUGCAAGCCGCACUGCAGCAAGUGCAUCGAUGGGGACAUCUGCACCGAAUGCACCAACCGCAAAUUCUUGACCCACCUUGACACUUGUGAAAGUCUUUGUCCUACGGGGUACUACCCGGAAGCACCCAACGAGAGCCAGCCGACGGGAGGUAUUUGCUUUCCUUGCCCUCCCAACUGUGUUGCAUGUGAGUCAGCAGAGAAAUGUACUGUCUGCAAUAACAACACGUACCUGACGGACGACCACCAGUGCAGCCUGAGUUGUCCCGUUCAUUUCUACGGCGAUGGUACCAAAGGUGUUGGCCGCACUUGCAUGAAAUGUGGAGAGGAUUGUGCCAAGUGUGCCGGAGAAGAUCUUUGCAUUGAGUGUAAGAACGGCAAGUUUCUGGUCCCAGCUAGUACGUGCGAGCUGAGAUGCCCCAUCGGAUACUACCCAUCAACACCUGCCGGCAUGAUCGGUGUAGGUGGCGAAUGCCUGCCUUGUGCCGAAAACUGCCAUAAGUGUACGGGAGCUCAUACUUGCCUGGUAUGCAGACAAGAUGCUUACCUGACAAACACAUCACUGUGUGUCGAGGAGUGCCCUGUUGGCUUUUAUGGGACUGGUAGUGGAGAUUACAUGCGCACCUGCCAGCCUUGUGCUGAGCACUGCAGUCAGUGUAUCGGUGCAGAGAACUGCACUGAGUGCAUGGAUGGUAUGUACUUGACGCCGAGUGAAACAUGUCAGGCCGACUGUCCUGACGGAUUUUAUGAAAGCAUUCAGUUGGGAACGGCGGCAGGUACUUGUGAGCCCUGUGCUGCCAACUGUAGCACAUGCAUAAACUCCAUGAUUUGUACGGAGUGUCAGAACUAUCAGUACCUCGAUGGUGACUCCACUUGCUCGGAGUUGUGCGAGCGAGGGUUCUAUUAUCACAUGCCUGAUGAUACUGGUGGAGUUGGUGGGAUGUGCAAGGCCUGUAUCAACCAUGCAAGCACAUGUGUGAACGAAACUCUGGCAACGCAGUGCAAGGACAACAUGUACCUCUCAUCCUACACCUGGCAGUGCGACAGGGGCUGUGCCGCCGGUGAAUAUCCUGUGGAGCCCAUCAACGGCAUGGGUGGUGAGUGUCGACAGUGCAACGACAACUGCAGUCUGUGUACCUCCUACACCUCCUGCACUCAGUGCCAGCACUACACCUACCUUAAUCCAGAUGAUUGGUGCAGGGAUACAUGUCCCGAAGGCUAUUAUGCAGAGAAUGGCACAGAGGGCGUGGGUGGCCUGUGCUUGGUUUGCCCUCCAACCUGCAAUCUCUGCAACAGCGCGGAUGAUUGCACAGAGUGCAAGAGGUAUACUUUUCGGACACCUUCUGCAACCUGUGAGAGCGAGUGUCCAGACAAUUAUUGGGAGUUUGGAAUGGAUGCGAUCGGAGGUACAUGCGAGAUGUGUGCCGAGAAUUGCAGUCUCUGCAUCAGUGACACGCAGUGCACCGAGUGCAACAGCUCACUGUUUCUCUCACGCUCUGGGGAGUGUGUGGAGCACUGCUCUGAUGGAGAUUUCGAGCUGGGAGCAGGGGAAAGCGGACGAACUUGCCAGAAGUGUCCACCGGAAGUCAGCAGGUGUAUCAACGCAUCGUUUGCGACAGAAUGCAAGGAUUCCCUAUAUUUGACUCCUAAUGGAACGUGUGAGGAGAAAUGCCCUCCUGGAUUUUACAUGCACGGUGAAGGAGAGUUUGGAAGAACAUGUCCGAGAUGUGCUCAAAAUUGCAGCCUGUGUGAAGAUGCUCAUACCUGCACAGAAUGCCAAAACGCACACUUCCUGACUCCCUGGAACUGGUGCGAAUUGGACUGCCCGGUGUCCUACUACAAGUCAGGCAACGAAGAUGUUGGAAACACCUGUGAGAAAUGCCAGACUCACUGUCGCACCUGUAUAAGUGAGUUUGAGUGUACCGAGUGCACGGACAACAAAUAUCUGACACCCGGCAGAAGUUGUGAGUCCUUGUGUCCAGACAACUUCUUUGAGUUAGGCAGCGGUCCAACAGGCAGAACUUGUCCACCCUGCGAGACGAACUGUCACAAGUGCGAGUCUGCCACCUUGUGCACGGAGUGUAACAACUCCCUGCAUUUGCUUGAUGGCGACUGUGUGCCAGUCUGCCCAGAUGGAUUCUUUCAUGAAGGUGCCGAGGACAGAGGACGCAUCUGCAGGGACUGCGACAGUUCCUGUGCCAAAUGCAGUGGCUGGGACGUGUGCUUGGAAUGUUCGAAGGCUAUGUACUUGACGCCGAACAGCACAUGCCAAGCCCAGUGCCCGGACGGUUACUAUCAUAACGGCACCGGUGACUUUGGACGUACCUGUCCACAAUGUGCGGAGAACUGCAGUCUGUGCACUGCUGCCGACACCUGUACUGAGUGCCGGAAUUACACAUACCUCACACAUGAAGACUGGUGCGAGUCUGAAUGUCCAACUGGGUACUACGAGCACGGCACAGAAUACCUGGGAAGCACGUGCGAGCCGUGCUCAGAAAACUGCCGGGACUGCACCAGCAAUUCCGUUUGCCUUGAAUGUGGCAACGAGAAGUAUUUAGAUCCCUCCAGCGCCAGCUGCAAGACUUCCUGCCCAGAUGGUUUCUUCGGGAAGGAAGGAACGGACGUCAUUGGCCGUCUUUGCGAACCCUGCCCGUCCACCUGCAACAUGUGCAACUCAGGGUCGGAAUGUACGGAGUGCAGAGACUUCAACGCCUUGACACCGUUCAGUACUUGCGAGAAGCUGUGCCCGCCAGCAUUCUACCCCAACAUCACUGGAGAGAUUGGCGCGAUCUGCGCACGGUGCGACGACACCUGCAAUACGUGUGACUCUGCAGAGGUCUGCACCCAGUGCAAGAUGCACUUGCUUCUGAAUCCUGAUGGCAAGUGUCGGGAGAUCUGCCCCGUCGGCUACCACCCGUUGCCUGGCCGUGGCCCUAUGGGUGGAAGUUGUCCGCUCUGCUCCGAGAACUGCAGCCAGUGUGCUAAUGCUGAUGUUUGCACGGAGUGCAGGAACUCCACGUUCUUGACGCCCUACUUCUCCUGCGAAGCUUCCUGUCCGCCGGGCUACUUUGGGCAAAGCGACGGAGAGAUCGGAAGCGUCUGCCGGCACUGCCCAGCGGGAUGUAACCUCUGCGAGAGCUUGGAGGUUUGCACCCAGUGCAAAGACCACAAGUUCUUGCAGCCAGAUGGAACCUGCGGGGAUGUUUGCCCGGCAGGGUACUACAUGCUCGAGGGCACCGGUGCGUUUGGAACAGGAGGGUCAUGUCCCCUUUGUGCCGAAAACUGCAGUCAAUGUGUAAACCAGACAUACUGCACCGAGUGCAGAAACAGCACAUACUUGACUCCAUUUGGAUGGUGUGCUGCAGACUGUCCAGACGGAUCUUACGAGCUUGGCAACUCCACUGUCGGUCGGACAUGUCCCUUGUGUCCCUCCAGCUGCAACACCUGCGAGUCAGAGACGCACUGCACAGAGUGCAAGCGGUCAACGUACCUAACAAGUUCGCACCAAUGUGAAGCAACAUGUCCAAAAGGCUUUUUUGCAAAGCGAGAGGGGAAGGUGGGAGGACAAUGCGAGAUGUGUCCACAGCAGUGUCCAGAAUGCGUGAGCGCCGGGGUGUGCACCAGGUGCAGCGAACCUUUGUUCCUUACGCCACAUGGAGAGUGUGCAGAAAAUUGUCCAGAUGGGUACUAUCAAGAGGAACAAGAAAGUGGUGGAAGUUGCCCCAUGUGCCCAGAAAAUUGCGCAACUUGUGAUAGCAGGGAGAAGUGCACCUCGUGCAGACGUGGCACUUUCAUGACCGAAUACCACCAAUGCAGAUCCGUCUGUCCUGCAGGCUAUUAUGGUCUGUUCGGAACUUGCUAUACCUGUCCAGACACUUGCAACUUGUGCACAUCAGCUUCCGAGUGCACGGAGUGUAAGAACGGAACGUACAUGACGCCAAGUGGUACCUGCGAGUACGAAUGCCCUGAUGGAUAUCAUCAACGCGGUGAGAAUCCCAUCGGAAGAUUCUGCUCAAAGUGUCCCUGGACAUGUCUCACUUGUCUAAGUGACGAUGAGUGCACUUCUUGCAAGAAUCAUUCAUGGCUCAGCCCUCACAAAAUGUGUGACUUUACUUGUCCGGAUCACUUCUACAAGGAUGGCGACGAGGAAGUUGGGAACGAAUGCCGGAUGUGUCCCGGAGAUGCCAGCAAAUGCAUAUCUGCAGAGUACAUGAGCGAGUGCAAGAACGGGAAGUACCUGACACCGUCCGCGAAGUGUGAAGACUCAUGCUCGAAGGGCUACUAUCCCGCAGGUUUGGAGUCCUUUGGUCGAACUUGUUCAUCCUGUGCCGAAAAUGGUAGUGCCUGCGAAGAUGCGACGGUUUGCACCGAAUGCAGAAAUGGCAAGUAUUUGACUCCAGCAAAAUGGUGCCAAGAUGAAUGCCCAGCCGGAUACUAUCAUAGUGGCUCUGGAUCAGUUGGACGUGAAUGCCUGCCAUGUGAUGACCUGUGCAACUUAUGCACUUCUGAAGAUGAAUGUGUGGAGUGCAAGGACAACUCCUUCCUCACUGCAGAUUCGAAGUGCCAAGUGACAUGCCCGAACGGCUUCUGGGGUAAGCCUGGCAUACAGGGCCUCGGCGGUGUCUGCGAAUCGUGCCCUUCGACUUGUUAUACAUGCCACGGCCCGCUGGAGUGUACAGUUUGCCGAGACCAAUACUACCUGCAAGACGGACAGUGCCUACCGACCUGCCCAGAAGGUCACUAUCAUGUGGGUGACACGGACGUCGGUCGGGUAUGUGAACACUGUCCGGUGCAGUGCAAAAGCUGCGUCAGUGAAGAUGUCUGUACUGAGUGCCAAGAUUCGCUGUAUUUGACUCCUGCAUCAACUUGUGAAUCGUCUUGCCCAGACGGUCACUACAAGAACUAUUUGGGAAAGGUCGGAAGCACGUGCCCGGCAUGCACAGAGAACUGCAGUUUGUGCACGAAUGCGACUUACUGCACCCAGUGCAGGAACAGCACGUAUCUGACACCAGAAGGAAAGUGCGAGGCUUCCUGUCCGGACGGUUUCUUUGGAGAUGGCGAGGACGAGAUUGGUCGGAUCUGCAAGCCUUGUGCAGCUCCGUGCAACAAGUGUCUUAGCGAGACUCAUUGCACGGAAUGUCGUCAGUCUACAUAUCUAGAUCCACUGACAUCCUUCUGCGACACAACGUGCUCCACCGGCUACUACAGCAGCGGCGUCAAUACCAUCGGCCGUACAUGCGAGCCCUGCGCGCAGAAUUGUGAGAAGUGCGAAUCCAAAGAUUGGUGCACGGAGUGCAAGAAUUUCAGGUAUCUCAAUGGCCACUCUUGCAUCGAUGCCUGCCCGGAAGGAUACUACAAGCAAGGUACCGCCGCUAUCGGAAACACCUGCCAGGCCUGCUCCAAGGACUGUAAGAGCUGCACGAGUCUGGAACGAUGCGAAGUAUGCGCAAAUUCGACUUACCUCACAUCAAGCCGCCGAUGUGAAGAUGCGUGCUCCACAGGAUUCAUUGAAACCGGCGAUGGGAUCAUUGGCCGAACAUGUGAGGUGCUAUGUUUCUGGUGCCAUUAG